AUGCAUUUAAGAACCGGGAUAAGAUGGAUAUCAUAUUCACAUAGACUCCUCAAUACCAAUGCAUAUAAGAUUGCAAUUAUAGGAACUGGACCUGGUGGGUUCUAUACUGCUCAUCAUUUGUUAAAUAAGUCAUCACCAGAUAUGAAAUUAUCAAUUGAUUUCUUUGAACGUUUACCAACACCAUUUGGAUUGAGUAGGUAUGGAGUAGCUCCUGACCAUCCUGAAGUUAAGAAUUGUGAAGAAUAUUUAGUCGAUAUCAUGAAUGAUUUCGGAAAUGGGGAUAACCAACGUCAUUCUGUGAGAUUUUUGGGAAAUGUGGAUGUAGGUAAGGAUAUUUCACUUGAUAUGCUCCAAAAACAUUAUAACUCUGUAGUACUUGCUUACGGAUGUACAGCAGCAGAUAAUAAAUUGAAUAUCCCAGGAGGUGAUAAUUUGCCAGGAGUUAUGCCGGCACGUCAAUUCGUCAACUGGUACAAUGGACAUCCUGAUUAUUACGAAACUGGAAGUAAAUUCAUUCCACCAAGUUUGGAUAAGAUUGAAGACGUGAGUAUUAUCGGAAAUGGGAAUGUUGCACUUGACGUCGCCAGGAUAUUGUUGGCUGAUCCAAAAGAACAUUGGGCCAGGACUGAUAUAUCCACCGAAGCCCAGGCAUUACUUGAAAAAUCUACAGUUAAGAAUGUCCGAAUUGUUGGUAGAAGAGGUGUUUUAGAAUCUGCAUUUUCGAAUAAAGAAAUUCGUGAAUUAUUUGAAUUAGAAAAUGCAAGUUUUAUCCCAAUGGACGAUUCAUUGUUAUCUUCAAUUGAUAGACUGAAUCUCGGGAGAGUAAAUAAAAGAAAAUUGUCAAUUAUUGAGAAAUUCAACGUAUCUCCUAAGGAAGAUAAAACACCCAAGAGCCACACUUGGUCAUUAGAGUAUCUCAAAUCUCCAAUAAAAUUCACUCUUAAUCCUCAAGAUCCUACCUUACUUGCAUCAACCACAUUUGUCGAAAACGAACUAGUUCACGACCCACUCAUCCCAUAUGUCAAAUGCAAACCAACAUCAAAACAAACCGAACUUAAAAACGAGUUGGUGAUUGUUUCAAUAGGAUACCAGGGCACACCAUUAACGGGUUUCGAAGAAUUAGGUAUCUGGUUUGAAAAUAAUAAACUCCAGAAUAAACAAGGGAGAGUAUUAUCCGUAGAAUCUAAAGACAAUGAACACAAUGCAGUCUUCAAGACUGGGUUCUACACUGCCGGAUGGAUUAAGACUGGUCCAAAGGGGGUAAUUGCCACCACUAUGAUGGACUCCUUUGACACUGCUGAUAAGAUGUUGGAGGACUUAACCAAUAAUCACGCAUUGAAAAUUGAGGAUGAAAGAGAUAUAACCCAAGUGUUGAAUAAGGAUAUCGUUCAUUGGAAGAAUUGGGGGAAAUUAGAUGCAUACGAAUUGGAGAAGGGAAAAGAGUUAGGUAAAGUCAGAUACAAGGUAUGUAAUAAACAAGAAAUGCUCGAAAGGGCAUUGUAA